AUGAAGGAUUUGGGAGCUACAAGGAAAAUCCUUGGCAUAACAAUUGUUAGAGACGGAUUUAGAGGCACGUUGAGGCUUUCACAGGCUGAAUAUGUGAAAAGAUGUCAGAUGGAUCAUUGUUGUCAUGUUAUGUACUAUGACAAUCCUUAUAUCAUCCUACUAUUAUAUGUGGAUGAUAUGCUUAUUUCAGGGGCCAAUAUUGAAGAAAUCAAUAAUCUGAAGAUGCAGAUGUCAGAGCACUUUGCAAUGAAGGAUUUGGGAGCUACAAGGAAAAUCCUUGGCAUAACAAUUGUUAGAGAUGGAUUUAGAGGCACGUUGAGGCUUUCACAGGCUGAAUAUGUGAAAAGCUAUUGGUUCAUUUAUGUAUAUUAUGGUUUGACAAGACCAGAUAUUGCCCAUGCAAUAAGAGUUGUGAGCAGAUACAUGAGUAAUGCAGGGAUGGAACAUUGGGAACCUAUGAAGUGGAUCUUUAGGUACUUAAGAGGCUCAUCAGAAACCUGCUUGUAUUUCUCGGGAAAAAGCAUGGAGGUACAGGAGGCAUUAACAGUAGAGAUGUGGUGGAAAGCAAAUGUUAGCCGAGUGAUCGAAGAAGCUCUCCAAACUGGCGGCGCCCCUAACAUCUCCGACGCCUACACCAUCAAUGGUCAGCCAGGAGACCAAUACGCCUGCUCAAAACCCAAUACCUUCAUCGCCAACGUCUUGUAUGGUAAAACCUACCUUCUCCGUGUCAUCAACGCCGCAGUCACCAGCGAGCUCUUCUUUGCCAUCGCCAAUCACAAACUGACUGUCGUCGGCAAAGAUGCCAGCUACAUCAAACCAUACUCCUCCGACUUCAUCAUGAUCACCCCCGGACAAACCAUGGACAUUCUCCUUGUCGCAAAUGCCACCAAUGGAGGCCGCCACUACAUCGCCGCCCACAACUACGCCAGCGCAGAGGGAGUCCCUUACGACACCACCACCACCACCGCCAUUCUCCAAUACAACUUCGGCACUCCAAACAUAACCCCAUCUUUCCCUUCCACCACUCUCCCCAACUUCACCGACAACGCAGCCGCCACACGAUUUGUAGCCGGGCUACGCUCGCUGGCCAGCAUUGACCACCCGGUCAAUGUGCCGCAAGUCAUGGACCAACGUUUGAUCAUAACGGUGGCGGUCAAUCUCCUAACUUGCGAACCGGGAAGAACGUGCGGCGGUCCCAACGGCGACCGAUUUGCCGCCAGCCUUAACAACUUAAGCUUCCCCCUACCGACCACAGACAUACUAGAGGCUUAUUAUUAUAACAUAAGUGGGGUGUACGGGACAGGGUUUCCAUCGGAGCCACCGCUGAACUUCAACUUCACCGGGGAGAACCUGCCGGGGUACUUGCUGUUUCCGAGGAGGGCGAGGGAGGUGAGGGUUGUGGAGUAUAACACGAGUUUGGAGAUAGUGUUUCAGGGGACGAGUUUGCUGGCGGCGGAGAACCAUCCGCUGCAUCUUCAUGGGUAUAGCUUCUACGUGGUGGGAAGAGGGUUUGGGAACUUUGACAAGAAUAGGGAUCCUUUGAAUUAUAAUCUUGUUGAUCCCUCUUUUGAGAAUACUGUUGGAGUUCCCAGGAAUGGUUGGGCUGCCAUUCGGUUCAGAGCUCUUAACCCAGGAGUUUGGUUCAUUCACUGCCAUUUAGAUCAGCAUAACAGCUGGGGAAUGGACACUGUAUUAAUAGUUAAAAAUGGCCCAGGAGCGAAUCAGAAACUGCUGCCUCCGCCAUCAUACAUGCCUCCAUGUUGAAAUAUAUACCCAACUUCAUGCAUGGACUGAUUCGGUCCCCUCUAAAACAACAAUAAAGACACUUAAUUGUUCUAAUAAGACGUACCAGUUUUACGUUCUAAUUUUCAUUUUAAUUAUACAAAAAUAACAGACUUGAGGUGUUGGUGUUGGAGAUGAAAAUUGUUU